AUGGAUCACGAGGCUCCGCCACAUCUUGAUAGGUUUUCGCCGCCAAAUGGCGAAAAUUCGGCAGCACGAAUAAACGGAUUUGUUGGCUCUCGGCCUCCUUCAAAUAACCAAGAUCACGCACAAGCAUCAACUUCUGCGCCAAACGUCGUUCUCGCCGAGCUUUAUCAAGUACCCGGUGUGAAGCACAAAGCCCCAUUUCGCUCACUCUCGUACCAAGUCCAAAUUUCUCAAUUUUGCUUUGCCGCCAGAAGUUUCAAAGUUCACGCAGAGAUAACAAUUCAUCCAAAUGAGCCGAAUUUAACAUUAAUUUAUUUACAUUUGGGAAAAGAUGCAUUAUUGCCAUCAGAAUGCGCGGAAUUGAAUGGAUCUGUGACACUGGAUAACGUAGAAGUCAAAUAUCGAAGAAGAAAUCCAAUAGAAUACGCCCUCACAUCGAAUCAAAAUCGAAGCCUUGCCGAUUUCGAGCCGAAAUAUUAUCAUCAAUUAAAGGAAAAUGACUAUAAUCUGGAAAUCCUGAUUCCCGAGCAACUUCGCAACAAGGUGAAACAGCGGAGAACCUUCCGACUCGCAAUCGAUGUAUUCGUGAAGAAUCCGAAAAAGGGUUUGAAUUUCGUCGACGCAAGAUCUGGAGACUCGCACAUGUACACUUAUCAUUGCCCAUAUAUGAGCGGCACUCGAGAAUGGCUGCCCUGCUUCGAUGAGCCCGACCAAUUGGCUCUUUGGGAGAUUUCGUUUGAGCUUGAUCGCAACUUAUUGCCGGUGGCUAGCGCUGAACUAACGGAUAAAUGCCACGAUGAGAACACAAAUCUAAUGACAUACGCGUUCACGCAAAAUGUGCCAACGAAUGCGUGCAAUAUGGGAUGGUGUGUUGGAAAAUUUCGCGUCGAGCCGCAUCAAGAAUCGCCAACGAUUCACACAUUCUCACUUCCCGGCCUAUCAUCUUUUGUCAAAUACACAACAACCUUUAUCGAUAAGAUGGUCGAGUUUCUCGAGGAGAAGCUCUCGUGUAGAUUGGCCUACCCAACUCUGAAAAUCGUGUUCGUUGAUCAGACAACUGAAGAUAUUGGGUGCUACAGCUCGAUGCUUGUGAUUUCGACAAAUCUGCUUUAUCAUAAGAAAAUUAUCGAUGUGGUUCAAGAGGUCCGACAGCAGCUUAUUCACGGAAUCGCCCAGCAAUUCUUCGGAUGCUUCAUCUCGCCGUCGCAUUGGAUUUAUUGGUGGAUGCUCAAGGCAUUGGCGAGGCUUCUGACAAGCUUAUAUGUUGAGACGAAACUCGGCUUGGCCGAAUCGCGAUGGCAAUUGAAGCGUAUAAUGGAUGAUGUUUGCGAUUAUGAGCACCAGUGGGGAAAAAUUUUACUCUCGCCAAACCUCAAUGAUAGUCCGCGCAUCAAUUUGCACUUUGACGCACGCCACGAAUACACAUGCUCGCCGUUGUAUGUCGAAGCGAUGAUCAAAAAGGGCUUUCUAACGAUGCGAAUGCUGUUGAAGCGAUUGGGACAAGAGCCGUUUUUGAGGGUCCUACACCGAAUGCUCACUGUUGGUUUGGAGAUGAGCGAGAAGAGAUCGACGCCGGGUGCGUGGAAGCAUUUGCUGACUUGCACUGAAGCGUUUUUUCGAUCGGUGAGCACGGUGACUGGAAGCGAAAUCCCGACGUUUGUGGAGCAAUGGCUCAAAACUGGAGGGCACGCGGCGUUCUCGGCGCGAUUCGAGUUCAAUCGAAAACGAAAUAUGAUUGAAUUGGAAGUGAAACAGGAUGAUUCGGAGGGAAACGGACGCUCGCAAUACGCGGGACCAUUGAGCGUCGUGGUCCAGGAGAUCGAUGGCGCGUUCACGCACACGGUGCAAAUUGACGGCGCCACCUCGCACGCGGACCUUCAGUGUCAUUCAAAAGGACGAAGGCAGAAGAAGAAGAAGAUACCAAUAUUAACCGGCGAGGAGGUUGAAUUCGAUCUAUCGAAUAUGGACGCCGAAUCGCCGGUGCUAUGGAUAAGGCUCGAUCAUGAUUUCCUAUUGAUCCGCGAGAUCAGCAUCAGUCAGCCGAUAUUCCAUUGGGAGUACAUGUUGAAGUAUGAGCGCGAUGUCAUCGCUCAAAUGGAAGCGUUGGAGCGCAUUCAGAUUUUUCCGUCGGCGCAGAGCAAAUCGGUUAUAGUCGAUACGAUCUCGAACGACAAAUUCUUUUAUAGGAUUCGAUGCAGAAGCGCGUUUGUUCUUUCAGCGGUUCAGAAUCGACGAAUGGAGGCGCUCAAUAGCGGCGUACCAGUGCUUGUGAAUAUGUUCAAAGAGGUUUAUGGCUCAAAAGCCUCGCCGAACAUUCCGAAAUCCAAUAAUUUCGUCGUUACCUCUCAGAAUCUUCAACAAUAUUUUGUGAUGCAGUCGCUCCCACAAGCUGUCGCGAGACUCCGCAAACAGACCGGCGAGUGCUACGAAGACGUUCUCGCCUUCCUUCUCGAUCUCAUCAAAUUCAAUGACAAUUCGACGAAUCGCUACUCGGAUGAUUUCUAUCGGGCGAGUUUGUACUCGUCGCUGGCCGCGUGUGUCCAUCCGUCCGAAUAUCUGCCGUUGAGAGUUGAGCUGCCGGAAAAUUUGUCGCAAGUGAUGAGAAGUUUGCUGCAGGAAUUCACGUACGCAUUGAACAACGACACCAUCAAUCCGAGCUACGGACGUGUUUGCGGGAUUGCAGCCCUAAGCGGCCUCUAUCAACUUCAGAAGAAUGGCUACAUUCCGCUGGAUUCGGAACUUUUAUGGAUGUUCGCUCAGCCGAACGUCUGCUCGCAGAUGAGACGAGCGGCGAUCGCGUUGAUUGUUGAUCGCAUCUCGUCGGACGGUCACGCAGCCGAUACUCGGCAUUCGGAUCUUCUCAUGCUUCUUGAGAUGGCCGAGACCGAUCAAGAUCCUUCCAUUAGGCAUCUCAUCGUGAAGCUUCUCGCCACCACCCCGCCAUUCGCCACUUAUAACAACACCGAUUUUGGAUAUUUGAAUCCUUGCAAUACUAUUGAGAUAGCGGAUAUGCUUUGGAGAUUGUUGACGAAUCGCGAAGUGGAUUGCGCUGUUCGAUCGGGAAUAUCGGAUUUAUACUUCUCAAUGUUCGGAUUGGGCGUUCCGCCGGUGAAAGGUGGGCCGGCUGAGGCUCCAGGUCAUCAUAGAGCUUAUGUCACGAUGCCGACGGCGUCUAGCAAUUUGGCGAGCUCGCAAUGGCACAGUAGUUCUUAUGAAGCGGCUCGACGAUCGCCACCACGGGUUACCAAUUUCGGAGAUGACAGCUUAAUGUGA